AUGGGAGCCAAGCAAUCCGUUGGGGAGACCUCUCGGGAAGAAGGAUAUCUGCGGAAACCACCACAUCGUCUUCCACCUGAUGCCUCGCUGCGCCAUGCAACGAGCAACGUUCAGCCUUUCGGGCAAGUAGAUUUAACGAUGAAUUCAGGCUCUAGAAAUUAUUUACUCUCUGGUGAACCACAACAUGCACAGUCUUACACAAAUGGAUAUGGAGAUAGAGGGACAAUGAUGAAUGAAUAUGAUUAUCCUAUGGCAGAGGGAAGUUUUAACUAUUACGGGAGUACUUUUGGUAUGAACGGGCAAGGAUUUGGUGGUUAUGAAAAUAAUUAUAGAGGAGAAGGGGAUUUUAACACCUUCUAUGGAAAUAUGUAUGAUAUGGGAGGUAAUAUAUCGAAUGGGUUUGAGGAUAUGCAGCAUAGUAACAUUUAUACUGGUGGUGAUUUUGAAAGUGUUAGAAAUCCCGGACCGCUUCUUCCACAUCGUCCAUCUAUAAGACUGCACCGCACUGUUUCCUUUGUAGAAGACUUGGAGGCCAGUCCUACUGGUAGUAUUUUACAAAAAAAGGGUGAACUUCCAGGUAUUCUUAUGAAGAGAAAAGAUGAUCUUAAUUCUUCUACUAAAAAGAAAGGGGGAAAAGGAAAAGGGGAAGAGGUUUCAAGUACUGCUGGUAUCUCCUUAGCACCCCUCUUAAUAUCUACAAAGAAAAUACAACGACAAGAAGAUAAAGAGAAAAAGGGAGAGGUUUCAAGUACUAGUGGUAUUUCAUUAGCACCUAUUUUAGUAUCUUCAAAUAAAUCACAUCCUCAACAGGAAAAAGAGCAAAGGCCGCCAACUCCACCCAAACCUCUUAAUACUAUAAACCUAUCUGGAAAUCAUGUACGUACGUUGGUUACGAUAGAUUCUUCAGUAAUAGAAGGUUCCACUGAUAAUCCACCACUAAUAGUUCAGGAAGGAGCUAAUAGUCUCAGUAUUGUAAAUGAUGAGGAUUCUCAGCUUACCGCCAAUGAAGUCACAUUGAUUCAGGAAGAGAAUGAUAUUAUGAAAUCAGAGGAAUUAAAACGGGUAAAGGAAAAGUUUCUUUCAGGUUAUUCGGUAUCAGUAAUCUGCACUGAAGGCACUGGUAUUGCAGAGAGGGCACCUCCUCUGGAGUCUACUUCGUGGUGUAUGGUGAAGAAACUUGUGAAUGAAAUUUCUGAAAGACUAGUAGAGGAAAGAAAAGAAGAGUCUAAACAAAUACAACUCGCAUGUGCUGUUGUAGCUAUAAAAGGAAAAAUGUUAGCGGACUUACUUAAAAAUAAACCGACCUUUGAGAACUUGUCUGUUCGACCAUCUCCGCUUUUUGGUAUGCGAUUUGUCGGUGUGGAAUAUCGUAAUAUUAAUGAGAAUAACACCUUUGACUCUAUGAUUACUCAUGUGGUAGAUAUGUUUCGUGAAAAUGAAGAAGUUCAAGGUAAUUAUAUUGUCCUCUCAUUUCUACUUAAUAAACGUAUCAUAUCAACUAAAGAGGAGGAAGGAGAUGUGGUAGUUAGUUCAUUAUUGUUUAUAAUGGCUGGUGAUGCAGUGGAAAAAGUGCUUUCUGUGCUUGAUGGGACUAGUACUGAAGCGAAAGCUAUAUUAGAUGACUGUGUUGGUGGUGGAUACCACUCACUCAGUAUAUACUUCUCUCACCAGCAAGAUAAAUAUGUAAAGAAAGGAUUUAAGCUGCAGAGAGAAAUUAUGGUGGCAAAACAUGCUCCACCACGUUUUGGAAGUGCCCGAACAUUAAGAAAACGUUUGGGUGAGGUUGUUGAAGCCGCUCAAACACGUCUCUUAAAUAUGACUAAUCCCGUGGAAAAGAAGAAUACCGAAAAGUUUAUUGAGAAUAGAAUUGCACUCAUGGAAUCACUGAAUGAACUAUUGGAAGUGGUGCGUCCACGGUCCUAA